GGAGCUGGCGUCCGUCGGUCGUCCUUUCCAUGUGCUGGGCACCUGAGUCUCCAAGUGAAUGUGAGCCUUUGCGGUCUGCCACUGCUCUACCUUCCGGAGCUUUAUCGUUCUUCUUCACAGAUCCAGAGUGAUCACACUACAACCUGUUGCCCUGUAAGCGAAGCAAUUUACAUUGCUAUCAGUGCAUUCCCGCUCGAGUCCACCUCUCUGCUUGGAGGUCAUCCUUUCCCUACGCAGUCACGCGAGCAGUCGAAGCUGUUCUCCCUAGUCGCUAGUUCUGGCUUCCACUGUUGACAAGAGAUGGCUUCAGCCCCGCGUACAAACGGUGUACAGUCACCGGCUCUAGGAGUUGGUCCUUCAUACCGGCCUGCGGAGGAGAGGCCAACAGCGACUGUUUCAAGAGAGGUCCCCUUUGACAACGUCCAUGUCCUUGGACAGACGCCGCAGCUCAUUGCUCUUCUCACCAUGAUCCGAGACAAGAAUACCGAACGAGGUGACUUCAUCUUCUACUCCAAUCGAAUCAUCCGCCUCCUCGUCGAGGAAGGAUUGAACCACCUCCCAGUCGUUGCACACAGUGUUACCUCUCCAGUGGGAAAGGAGUACGUAGGUGUCAAGUUUGAGGGCAAAAUCUGUGGUGUCUCAAUCAUGAGAGCUGGAGAGUCAAUGGAGGAAGGCCUAAGGGAAUGUUGUCGAUCGGUCAGGAUAGGGAAGAUUCUGAUCCAACGGAAUGAGGAGACGAGCAAGCCGAAACUUUUCUACGAGAAGUUGCCGCCAGAUAUUGCGAAAAGAUGGGUCUUGCUUCUCGACCCAAUGUUGGCUACUGGUGGUAGUGCCAUCAUGGCAGUCGAGGUGUUGAAGAGCAAUGGAGUGCCAGAAGAUCGGAUACUAUUCUUGAACUUGAUUGCAAGCCCUGAAGGUAUUGAGAAUUUCGCAAAGCAUGUCCCCAAGGUGAGGGUGAUCACCGCCUUCGUUGACCAAGGCCUCAACGAAGCAAACUACAUUGUCCCUGGGUUGGGUGAUUUUGGCGAUCGGUAUUAUACUACUUGAAUGUCACUCCUCCGAAGACGGGAAGACACAUGUUCUGCAAGAUAGUCCUCGCAAGGCUUUUCCGGACCAGCCCAGAAGAUUACAAUCAUGGCAUUGACUUGGGGUUGCUGAAGUAAGAACUGCAUGGCUAGACUCAGCUUAGCAGCCAGUAUCAAGAAGAGAUCACUGAGGCCAUCCUCGCCGGAGGAAGUAACCUGUGUUCCUCUAUCACUGCCCAUUGCCUUGCUUUCGGACAGCCGGUUCCAUCUUUCUCGUAAGCACGUGGUUAUUUGAGAAGUUAUGGCUGAACAUAUCAAACUCGUCAGGAAAUAACCCAGAUUCGGGAUUGGCUUUUCAGAAGAGCCGACUUCAGAGGGAUGACUCGAUGCUAGCAAUAUAUUACGAUCUUCUGGUAC